AUUUACUCCGUCAACAUGGAGGGUCGUAGCUAUUACGUUACCGCAAACUUCUCAUUUAGUAGUAAUGUAUCAAAACUUAGACAAACUUCCUGGUUUGUCUGCAGAGGACACCGACUCCACCAAUGGUUCAGUGUGAGCUUGAAACGCAGCCUCGAUGAAUACAGCUUGAGGCACAUGAGCAGCUUGAUGGGCGGCAGUAGACAGAAAGCAGCGGAUAAUGGAGAGCAGAGUCUCAUUGGGCCUCCGUCUGGGGACUCCACUGCCACUGGCGGGGAUCUCCUGGACCAAGAUGCCUCCACUCCGGGGUUCCUCUAUGUGUUGGCGUUUUUCUCUGCCCUGGGAGGAUUUCUCUUUGGCUAUGACACCGGGGUGGUGUCCGGAGCUAUGCUGCUCCUGAAGAAGGAGAUGAACCUGAAUAACCUGUGGCAGGAGGUCCUGGUUUCCAGUACUGUUGGAGCUGCUGCACUGUCUUCCCUGGGUGGAGGCUCGUUGAAUGGGUGGCUGGGGCGCAGGAUCUGCAUCCUUUUGGCCAGUUUAAUCUUCAGCAUCGGCGGCAUCAUCUUGAGCAUUGCCCCCGACAAGGUGGUGCUUCUCGUGGGCAGGAUCACAGUUGGUUUGGGCAUAGGCAUUGCCUCUAUGACUGUUCCUGUAUAUAUUGCUGAAGUUUCCCCCCCUCAUCAGAGAGGUCAGCUGGUCACUAUCAACUCCCUCUUCAUCACUGGUGGCCAGUUCAUUGCCAGUGUGAUCGAUGGAGCUUUCAGCUACAUGAAACACGAUGGCUGGAGGUACAUGCUGGGUUUGUCUGUCGUCCCGGCCGGGCUGCAGUUUGUUGGCUUCUUUUUCCUGCCGGAGAGCCCCCGCUGGCUUCUCCAAAAGGGCCGGAGCCAAGAGGCUCGUCAAGUUCUCAGCCGGAUCAGAGGAGGCCGGAAUGUUGACGCAGAGUACGAAACCAUCAAGACCAGCAUUGACGAAGAGGAGAAGGAGGCUGGUGGAGGAGGUCUUGUUAUUUUGCGAAUCUUCCGUCACGGACCGACUCGCAGGGCUCUCGCCGUUGGCUGCGGCCUGCAGAUGUUUCAGCAGCUGUCUGGGAUAAACACUGUCAUGUACUACAGCGCAACCAUCCUGCAGAUGGCAGGCGUGCGGGAUGUUAAACAGGCAAUCUGGUUGGCUGCAGCAACCUCUGCUACCAACUUUGUGUUCACGCUGGUUGGAGUUUGGCUUGUGGACAGAGUGGGCCGCAGGAAGCUGACCAUCGGAAGUCUUUUAGGUACUGGUUUGAGUCUGACUUUGCUGGCAGUCGGUUUCUUGCUCUCUGCUCAGAAUUCUCCACCCGUCACCCUGCAUCCUUUGGACUCCCAGAACUCAACCUGCAAACUAUACGGGUCCUGUGAAGGCUGCAUGUUGAAUCCGGAUUGUGGAUUUUGUUAUCGCGAAAACGGCACCGGCGUGUACAACUCCUCCUGCGUUCCUGUCAGUCAAGCGUCAACAGAUCACGCCGCCUGGGGAAGGUGUUCCAACCAGACAGAGACAACUGACAGGCCCCUGUGGGCCUACAACUACUGUCCAACAUCCUACUCCUGGAUCGUCCUGCUGGGCCUCAUCCUCUACCUUGCAUUCUUUGCCCCAGGUAUGGGCCCCAUGCCUUGGACUGUAAACUCGGAGAUCUACCCACUGUGGGCCCGCAGCACCGGCAACGCCUGUUCAUCCGGGGUCAACUGGAUCUUCAACGUCCUGGUGUCUCUGACCUUCCUUCACGUCGCCGAGUUUCUGACUUACUAUGGGGCCUUCUUCAUGUACACGGGCCUGGUGGUGUUGGGUCUCCUCUUUGUUCUGGGCUGCCUCCCCGAAACUCGGGGCCUGCAGCUGGAGGACAUCGAGAACCUGUUCUCCGGUCAGCUCUGCUCCUGUGGAGCCUCCUCCCCCAGCGACAGUCGCCACGUCCAGUACAUCCGGGUAAAAGGCAGCAACUACCUCCUCUCUGAGAGCGAUGCCUCAGAUGUAGAGUAGACUGGGAACGUUUGCUCCCUCCACUCUGUCUUUUGGUUUACUAAGGUGGGGAGGAAAGAAGUUUCACGUUUCCUUCUGGUGGCUGCGAUCCGACACGAGCAAAAUGAGGCUCGAGCUCUCCAGUGAUUGGUUAUAAGUGGAAUUUUCCCCACGUCAAUCAUCUCCGGGUUUUUUUCUAUCUUUAUCUCAGCUGGGAGUUGGUCUUCUUCUCUUUUUCCCACCAUUCCUUCCAUCAUCAAGAGAGGAAAAUCAGAUCAAGACUUUCUGUGUCUUUGAAUAAUUAUUUUUGUUUUCUCCGCACUUACAAACAAAAAGGUUUUUUCAGUGGGUUCAGGAACCUUCUUGCUGACUCAGCAUUUCCUCUGCCUUUCUGUGACAUCAUGACGACUUAAUCUCCAAAUUGAACUCUUUGCAUGAUUUCAGUCGCAGUGAGACUUCAAACUAUCUGGCACACCAGCAAGAAUGUGUUUGUGUGCGAGCCUUAAUGAUCUGCACUUUUACAUUUUAGAUCCCCAACAUGGAGCAGAAAGAAUUCCAAACAUUGAGCGUUGAUUUUAUUUGGCUUAUUUAGACAUAUCUGUACGUUAGCUCUCUCCAGAACACAUUCCUGUUAAAAGCCACUAACAUGGUUUAAUCUUUGAGUCUGUGCUGGUGGGGAACAAAACAAUGGAUGGGUUGCUGCUAUUGUACUGCACAGUGGGGGAGAUUGCACUUUAAAAAUAAAAAAAGGUGUCUUUUUGGAUGAUUUUUAUACGUCAGAUUGCUAGAGCAAAUCUUCAAUUUUCUAGCAAGGGUCGGAAUCCAGCCAUUCGCACUACGGAGCGGUGGGGUCAGACAGUGCCAUAGCCUAUAUCACUGUAAGUACGACGUCCAGGUGCCAAGUGUGCUAGUGACUUUUCUGCUAUGCUGCAACUAAACUAAAUAUUCAUUUAUUUUUUUUAAAUGUUCAAUAUCAUGUCCUUGUUUCCACAGCUCAGCUAAAGGUGAGCAAGUAGCCCCGAAGAACUUUGUACAGAACGUCCUGUUUGCACUGUCACACUUUGAUAUUUGCCUGAAGGUUAUCUGAUGCAGUCUUGUCUGUAUGACAGUACAAGCCGGACAUUUCCGUUUCUGUGCAAAUGACAAAAUGUUCUUUUUAAACAUUUUAUUGAAGAACAAUCUUGAUGUUUUUUUCUAGUAAUGUAGGACUCCUGUUAACCUCUCUGGGUAGCUUUCCGAUGAGUGAGACAUUCGGAGAUUGCACAAAAGAUUUUGUAUUUAUGGGAUUUUUUUCACUUCAGUAUUUAUAACUGUGUGUUUUCUGGCGACUGAGUGACAUCACAGUCAGCGUUCAGGUUAGUCUGAAUGAUUACCAGCCUGCGUGAGAAAUUCAAAAAGGAAAAAUGUUUCACUCUGCAUUUGAAACGUGAAGAUCGUACAGCAGACUGCGUUUAUCCUCAGGUAAACAGUGAUAAUGACUGUAUAGGCCAUAGAUCCAUUGAACGUAAUUACACAUGAGUUGUGCUCUUUUUGGACAUUUUGUGUAUGAAAUGGCUGUGCUGUACACUAUAAUUAUACUGCAUUUCUCUUA